AAAUCGUUUCUAAUAACAUUUACAAACCUUCAGAUAAUCGUUUAUAACAUCAAAGUUAAACCUCCAAGAAUCGGUUAUUAACAUUAUCAUUUAUCAACUAUUAAGCAGAGUAUCGCUUCUGAUCUGAAGAGAUGGAGACAUGUAAUAACUAUUAACUAGAUAAUUUUAUAACUUUUAUUUAUUAAGCACUGCAAAUAAUUAUUAAUUACCGUCAGUUAUAAACAUUUUCUGUGGCAAUGUGUAGCGUUAACGAAGAAGGUGCAGAAGUCUUCGAAACACUUAACCAUAUUGAACCAUUAGAAUUAAAAUGUCGUAAAUGUCUAAUUAAAGACGGAAAUGUUGUUUUACAAAAAAAAUAUGUGUAUUGCAAGACUUGUUUUGUGACUAUGGUAACUCAUAAAUUUCGUGCUACCCUUGGAAAAUCAAAAUUAGUUAACAGAGGUGAACGUGUUCUGGUAUGUGUAAGUGGCUCCCAAUCUUCAGUAUCUUUACUGCAUAUGGUAUGGACAGGACUACAGCAAUCUACUUAUAAGAGAUUAACAUUUGAUCCUGUAGUAUUAUACAUUGAUGAAAGUGUUUUACACAAGUACCCCCAAGAUCAAGAGAAUAAUAUUAAAGAACUUUUUGAAAAAUAUGGUUUAACUUAUCACAUAGUAAAGUUUGCUGCUGCUGUUUACUCAGAUAAUUGUUUAAAUGAAGAAACACAUGUCGACCUAUAUAAUGAUAAACUUCAAAAUAUUUUUAAUAAUAUAUCUGACCUUACAUUAAAAGAAGAUAUGUUAAUGAAACUUCGCAAAUAUGCAAUAACAAAAUUAGCUGAACUAUUAAAAUGUACCCGAAUAAUGACGGCAGAAAAUGAACAUAAAUUGUCUAUUCAAUUACUUUCAAAUGUAGCUCUAGGACGUGGAUCUCAAACAUUUUUGGACAUGGGACUUGCAGUUAAUAAUAAAAAUAAUGACAAAACAUCUUUAAUUACAAUACGACCUAUGAGGAAUUUGUCUGCUAAAGAAAUUUCUUAUUAUGCUUUGUUCAAUAAUUUAGAUGAUUUUAUACAUUCAAAUUUCUUAACAGCUACCAAUGAUGAUGAAUCAAUACAAAAAACAACAGAACGGUUUGUAAAUGAUUUGCAAGUUGAUUUUCCUUCUACUGUGUCUACAAUAUUUAGAACUGGAGAAAAAAUAUCUGAUAAAUCAUCAGCUAUAGCUUAUUGUUUAUUAUGUCAAGGUAUUAUGGAUGUUAACAUGUCACCUUCUUCAGCUAUGGAAGCAACAAAGUAUUCAAAAUAUGUUUCACUUAUGGGAGUUAAAGCAUUAGAACUUAGUUUAAAAGACGUUAAAAAUGAAGAGGCUAAUCAAAAAAAUUGUAAUAGUUGUAAAUGUAAAAAACAGGAUUUAAAAGAAGAAAUUAUUGAAAGCUUAUGUUAUGCGUGUACACAUAUAAUUCAAAACUUAGAAUCUUUGGAUGACUUACCAAAAGAAAUACUUAAUAAAGAAAAAGAAAGAUUGCAGUUUAAAAAAAUGGAAGAACAAAUAAAAGAUUUUUUGUUGUGA